UGCCUCGUUACUGGAAUAAACUGGCCGGCUGGCGUGAUAAACUUUGUGGAGGGAGAGAGCGAUUGGACGCCAAACAGAGAGCCCGUCCAGCUGAGCCUGUGAGAUCCAUCCAUUACAUGGCUCGCCCAGCUGCCAUCGCCCCAAGCUUCCCCUCUCCCUGGAGCCAGGCUAUGUCGUGCUGCUGCCCCCCACCCCCUCACCUGCCACGGACCCAGGCGUCCUGAGCAGGAGGACCACAGAGCCCGACUCUGGAGCACCCCGACGGGAGAAGUUGCAACUUGGAGGGAUAAUGCCCUGGAUUCCUCGCUGCAAGGGCUGAUCUCACGUCAAACCUGUGCUGGGAAUGGAUUUUUUCCUUCCUUUUCUUUUUUGAAAGGCUAUCCCGUCAUAAAGCAAAAGCAGCAGAGCCCGCUCCCCCUUUGAAGCCAGCCAUGACAACUCAGCAGCGUAUGUCAAGCGGAUUGGAGGGGAGCUACCUCCACGGUUGAGUAACACAGCAACUCUGCCUCCACAGAGUGGGUGUGAAUACAAAUCCCUCAGCUUGGUCAUGCAAGAACACCCUGCUGCCGGGGGGCUUUGAGAAAGGAUUGGGUUUAUUAUCCUGUUUUAAGUAACUUUUGGGAAGAAAGCAGGAGGAAUCAGACACCAGAUCUCGGGGGGAGAGAUUGCCAAAAAAAGGGAGGCUCUUGGGACAACCUGCAAGGAAAUAAAAAUUCCUUCAGACUGCAAACUGGAACCUGACGCUGAAAAGGAUGGAUUUACAAAGAGCCGAGCUGAAUUGAAGUCCGACAGCCCCCGAAAUGUGCAUGGUUGCUGGGGAGGGCUAGCCUGAUUAUAUAUCGCUGUCAGCAGGGUGUGUUGGGUUGGGAAGAAGGAUAAAAGAGGUCGAGCUGAACUGAUGCCCGCUGUGGACAUAAAAAGUCCCUUGGAGUUUGCAAAGCUGCAGCCCCAUCGAUGGAAGUAGGAGUCUGAAGCCCAAGUUGAUCAGAGAGGAGGGAGCGGCGUAGCAGGAAGGUCCCAAAGGUGUAACCCAGGGUCCACUCCCCACCACCCCCGGCGCAAUGACAACAGCAUCCACGGUGACCUCCACAGUGGUGACCACAGCGUCAGCCAUGGACCUGCGUGACUGGCUCCUGCUGUGCUAUGGCCUGGUGGCCUUCCUGAGCGAGGUGAUGGCCAGUGGCGCCUCCUGCCCCUCGGUGUGCCGCUGCGACAACGGCUUCAUCUACUGCAACGACCGGGGCCUGACUUCCAUCCCAGCCGACAUCCCUGACGAUGCCACCACCCUGUACCUACAGAACAACCAGAUCAACAACGCCGGCAUCCCCUCCAACCUCAAGUCCAAACUCAACGUCCAGGUGAUCUAUCUCUAUGAGAACGACCUGGACGAGUUCCCCGUCAACCUGCCACGCUCGCUGAGGGAGCUGCAUCUCCAGGACAACAACGUGCGCACCAUUGCUCGUGACUCCCUGGCCCGCAUCCCCCUGCUGGAGAAGCUCCACCUGGAUGACAACUCCGUCUCUACUGUCAGCAUUGAGGACGACGCCUUUGCUGACAGCACCCGCCUCAAGCUGCUCUUCCUGUCCCGCAACCACCUCAGCAGCAUCCCGUCUGGCCUGCCUCGCACCUUGGAGGAGCUGCGGCUGGAUGACAACCGCAUCUCCACCAUCCCGCUGCAUGCCUUCAAAGGGCUGAACAGCCUGCGGCGGCUGGUGCUGGAUGGGAACCUGUUGGCCAACCAGCGCAUUGCCGACGACACCUUCAGUCGGCUUCAGAACCUCAGCGAGCUGUCCCUGGUCCGCAACUCUCUGGCUGCCCCUCCGCUCAAUCUGCCCAGCUCCCACCUGCAGAAGCUGUACCUCCAGGAUAAUGCCAUCAGCCACAUCCCCUACAACACCCUCUCCAAAAUGAAGGAGCUCGAGAGGCUGGACUUGUCCAACAACAACCUCACCACUCUGCCCAAGGGCCUGUUUGAUGACCUGGAGAGCCUGACCCAGCUGCUGCUCAGGAACAACCCUUGGUUCUGUGGUUGCAACCUCAUGUGGCUGAGGGACUGGGUCAAGGCCCGGGCCUCAGUGGUCAACGUGAGGGGGCUGAUGUGUCAAGGGCCGGAUAAAGUGAGAGGCAUGGCCAUCAAGGACAUCACCAACGAGAUGGAUGAGUGCUUUGAGGCAGGUGCACAGGGCAACGCAGUGGCGGCCAAGACUACCACCAGCCACGCAGCUGUCACCACACCUCAGGGCUCCCUCUUCACCCUCAAGGCCAAGCGACCUGGGAUCCGCCUGCCAGACUCCAAUAUUGACUACCCCAUGGCCACAGGGACCGGCACUAAGGCCUUGGUUCUCAAUGUCAAGCCACUGACAGCCGACAGCAUCCAGAUUAGCUGGAAGGCCAUGCUGCCUGCAGCUUCCUUCCGGCUCAGCUGGCUGCGUCUGGGUCACAGCCCAGCGGUAGGCUCCAUCACCGAGACCCUGGUGCAAGGGGACAAGACUGAGUACUUGCUAACGGCCUUGGAGCCCAAGUCCACUUACAUCAUCUGCAUGGUCACCAUGGAGACAGGCAGCACCUAUGUGGCAGAUGAAACACCAGUGUGCGCCAAAGCAGAGACAGCUGACACCUACAGCCCCACCACAACCCUCAACCGGGAGCAGAACGUCGACCCAAUGGCUGGGCUGCCUCUGGCAGGGAUCAUUGGCGGGGCGGUGGCCUUAGUCUUCCUCUUCCUGGUCUUGGCAGCCAUUUGCUGGUAUGUCCACCGGACGGGCGAGCUGCUGACGCGGGAGAGGGCCUACAGCAGGGGCAGCCGGAAAAAAGACGACUACGUCGAAUCGGGUACCAAGAAGGACAACUCCAUCCUGGAGAUCCGAGGUCCUGGGCUGCAGAUGCUUCCCAUCAACCCACACCGAGCCAAGGAGGAAUACGUAAUCCACACGAUAUUCCCAUCCAACGGCACCAGCUUAUACAAAAGCACCCAUACCAUCGGCUACGGCACAACCCGUGGAUAUAGAGAAGGCGGCAUCCCAGACAUAGAUUACACCUAUACAUGAUGGAGAACCAUCGCUCCCUCUCAACCCUCACAACGCCCCAUGCCGCUGCCACCUGGUGGCUUACAAAUUGAGGAGAAACUAUUUUCCCUACCAGAAACGGCUUGAGUGGCAGGCACUGGGGAGAAGGGAGGGAAAAACUAUUUUGUAGAAAAACAAGGGGUGGUUAAAAAUUAAAAAAAAAAGACAUAAUUUAUAUUUAAUAUUCCAGAUUUCAAACAAACAACACAUGCUCAUGGAUUGUUAUGGAUCGAGGCGAAAAAGCUACCUGUUCAUAUCUUUCCUCUGGUGUAAAUCUAUUUUCUUUUUCAGGAGUUAGGUUAUAAAAGAAAAAAAAAUUCAACACACAACUGUCAUUCCUGACUGCUGACCGUUGAUGGUUCAGCCAUCCCUGCUUCAGAUAGGAGAGAAGGAGGAUUUUACGCUCAUUUUAAUGGGAUCUACUUCCAACCCUUUCCUGUUUUUAUUCCCAUAACUGGUUUUUUGGUUUUACUUUUUACACCGCCUUCAUCGACUGUUUCGUUAAGAGCGAAUGGAUUUGGAUUUUCCCCUUCUCCCAAAGCUGGGGGGGAAAAUGGGAAAAUAUUCCAUAUUGCAGCAUAGUUCAUGGGCACGGACAAUUGAAUUGGACCCCUUGGUUAGCUCCAGACAUUUCAACUAGAAAAAUUAUCUAAUUCAAUUCAUAGCUUUGUCCAUAGCAAAAAAAACAAAUUGCAUAUAUAUAUAUAUAUAUAUAUAUGCACACACACACACACAAACUUCCUCAUCAUCAUUUUCUUCCAGACAGCUCGGGUGAUGGCUUCCAAGGGAAAAGAUGCGGGAUGCUGAUGUCCAAAUGUAUCUCAGGUUCUAUUGGGUCACAUAUAUUUGGGGGAAGAAGUGGAUUUUGAUUCAGAUUUCAGCACAAUAGGCUUUGGUGGAAGUUUCUGCCUUUUGGGCCAGGUAUUGGGAGGCAGGAAUGCACAGAGGGCCCAUGGUGCUAGGAAAAACCCAGUCUGGGUCACCGCUGGUUUGGGAGAAUCCUGCCGAGAUGGUUAGAAUUGCUUGAAUCAAAGCCACAAUGUUACUUUCUUUUUAAGAGGAGGACCAGGCAGGUUUGCUCAGGAAGUCACAAAGAUAUAUAAGCAGCCCCAAUUAACCCUCAUCUAUCUUCCUUGGAAAACCCAGCCUUGACUUUUAACUCUCUUCUCCUUUUAUUAACAUUCAAAGGUUUUAAAAUUACACCCAGGUCUGAAAUCAGGACAGGAGCUAUUGGGUGCAAUUCCAUGGGUUUGGGCCUGAAUGUUUUAGGAAAUGUGUGUGACACCCAGCCUUGUGCAGAGAGAGGUCAAGUGAAAGGACACAGUAUUACACUCCAGCAGAGCUGGGGAUAGAAUCCAGGCAUCCUAAUUCCCAAUGUCCCCCUGCUCUAACCACUAGACUCCACUCCUUCAGGUGCAUAGGCCUAGCCCUGGGCUGGAACACAGGUAUAAGGAAUCCGCUGCAGUGCCACUGUGCUCCUGUGAGGCUGUAUCUCAGAGCAGGGUUUGUGGAAGGUGCAUGGCAAUGCCCUGGUGCUAACUACGGCACGUGGGCCUUUGUCACUAGCAGCCGAAGCGCCAGAUCUCAGAGGCUCAUAAGGUCAUCACAGACUGGACACGGGAUCUGAAGUUGCUGAAAGAGGCCCAGGGGAAUCAGUGAGAGGGCUGUACCAGCCUAGGCAUGAAAAUUCACUUGCCUCCGCCACACACACACAGUACAUGCACACAUGUGUGUAUGAAAACACACAUACAGAGCCAAUCUCUCUCUUUCACACACACACACACACACGUCGGUCUCUCUUCCAUAGAAUCAUAGCAAUGUAGGGUUGGAAGGGACCUUGCAAGGCCAGCUAGUCUAUCCCCCAAUGCUGAGGCAGGACCAUCUAAGACAGG